AUGGGGUGCGGUGCAAGCACUGGUACGGUCAAGAACGGCUGCGCUACAUCAACGGUGCGAGUGCCGCAGUCAUUUCCGAAGCCUCCGCAGAACUUACCACCAGAUCAGGCCACACACCAGCUCUACGUAAGAGAGCUCAACAUGUUCCUCAUCAAUGUGGCCAGAAAUCCAGACGCAUUCGUGAAGAGGGUGGAGAGGGGUCGGGAGAUUCGCUUUGCGGAACUUUCGAUGGAGACAGGCAUGCACCGUGCAGUGUGCGCAGAAAAUGGUUGGCUAUUUGUUGGUCCGUGA